AAAUGUCAGAUGAAGAUAGUGCUUCUUUGUUGCUUCCUAUUUCCAUGGAGGAAGUCAAAUUAGCUCUCUUUUCCAUGAAAGGUCUCAAAAGUCCUAGUCCUGAUGGUAUUCAACCGAUCUUCUAUCAGAAACAUUGGGAUAUUAUUUCGGGUACGCUUCAUUCCUUUAUCAACAAGUCUUUUUCUGAUGGUUUCUUUGAGCUCACUAUGUUACAGGCCCAUACUAUUCUUAUUCCUAAAGGAGAAAGCCCGGAUGUGAUACAGAAGUUUCGACCGAUUUGCUUGCUUAAUGUAGCCUACAAAAUCCUGUCCAAAGUAAUUGUUAACAGAUUACGUCCUCACUUACAGAACCUAAUUGGCCCUUUACAGAGCAGUUUUCUCGCAGUUAGAAGUACAACGGAUAACAUCAUUCUAGUUCAAGAGGCUAUCCAUUCUAUGAGGCGGCUAAAAGGGAAAAAAGGGGCCCUAGCAUUCAAGAUAGACCUCCAUAAAGCCUUCGACAGUGUAGAUUGGAACUACCUCAGGGAAGUAUUGAUUGAUUUCAACCUGCCGGAUCAAUUAGUUCGAUUGAUCAUGUUUUCAGUUACUUCAUUGCAGCUUUCUGUCAUUUGGAAUGGAGAGGAAUUACCUUACUUCCAGCCAAAGAGAGGUCUACGUCAAGGCGACCCCUUAUCGCUGUACCUCUUCAUUAUGGUGAUGGAGAAACUCUCCCAUAUGAUUAUGAGUCAAUUGCAAGAACACAAAUGGACGCCUUUCCAACUGUCACGCGGGGGACUAACACUCUCACAUUUGUUUUUUGCAGAUGAUCUCAUGUUGUUUGGGAAAGCUUCAAUCACUCAAAUUGAAACUAUUAUAGAUUGUCUCUCUGAAUUUGCAAGACAAUCAAGAUUAGAGAUAAACUUGGGCAAGUCUAAGUUAUUUGUUUCUCCAAAUAUCCAGGGACAGUUAGCAAACUCCUUCAGUUCUGCUUGUGGCAUCCCUCUAACGCAUUAUCUUGGCAUUUACCUUGGGGUGCCUAUUAUCCAUGGCAGGAGAACACUUGUGCAAUCGGUAACCUCCUCGAUACCAACCUAUACCAUGCAAAAAGUUCUCCUUCCUAGCAGCACAUGUUCAGCCAUAGAUUCCUUGAAUCGCAAAUUCCUUUGGGGUUCAGAUAUACAAACUAACAAACCACACCUUGUCCAUUGGAAUGAUGUAUGUUUACCGAGGAGAUAUGGUGGACUGGGUGUGAGAUCUGCCAAAGAGUGUAACAAGGCUUUGAUUGCCAAGUUAGGCUGGCAAAUACUUUCAGGGAGUGAGAAGCCAUGGUGCCAAGCUAUCAAGCAUAAAUACCUUCAUUCAGCGAGUUUCUCUAGUUGCACGCCCACGCCUUCUUCAUCCAUAACGUGGCGAAGCAUCUUGAAAACUAGAGAGGUUUUACAGUUGGGAACACGAUGGAGAGUAGGAUCUGGCUGUAACAUACAGCUUUGGAAUGACAUCUGGGUAGGUAACUCAACACUUUUGGAAUCUACAAUAGCCCCGAUCCCACAGCACCUACUUGGUAUGAAGGUCUCUGAUAUCAUUAGUAAUUCAAAAUGGAAUCUGAUACAACUAACUGAUCUUCUUCCAGAAAAUGUACUUCAACUUAUAGCAACCAUUCCGUUAUCAAUAUCUGGCCACUUGAAUGAUCAAAUUUAUUGGAAUGCUGCUUCAUGUGGUGACUUCACCGUAAAGUCAGCUUUUAGCCUUAUUCAACAGUCUAGAAUUCCUAAUGCUCCUAGACCUGAGGACUGGACCUGGAUUUGGCACUUAGGCUGCACCGAGAGAGUGAAGCUCUUCAUUUGGUUGCUUUGGAGAGGAAAAAUUCUCACAAACUCCGUUCGCUUCGAGCACCACAUGGCUCCUACGCCAGUGUGCCCUCGCUAUGAGCAAUCACCCGAAACCCCUCUACACCUCCUAAGAGAUUGUUUCUACUCGCGGCUAGUUUGGCAGUCGGUGAGUCUUCUACCUACUGACUUCCUUUCUCUGAACUUUGAUUCUUGGUUGAAAAGGAAUGCUAUCACACCAAGGCGAAAGACCAACUCUCCGGACUUAUGGCCAUUUGUCUUUGUCGCAACCAUCUGGCACUUGUGGAAGAGUAGGAACAAAUUGGUGUUUGAAGGGCAACGGAUUCCGCCACAUCUUGUUGCUAACCAGGCUCACACCUUUGCUUUGGAAUCAAGAUUUGCCUUGGAAUCAGUUAAUCUGAUUCAUGACACUAGAGCUCCCAGAUGGGUCUCUUGGACCCCACCACCACAUCCUUAUCUUAAACUAAACACCGAUGGAUCCCACAAUCAUCACUCAGGAAAAGCAGCAGCUGGAGGACUCAUUCGUGAUCACAACGGGCGUUGGGUUCAUGGCUUUGCUGUAAACGUUGGUCUCACAACAAGUUUCUUGGCUGAGUUGUGGGGUUGCAGAGAAGGUCUCAAGCUUGCUCACUCUCUGGGGAUACAACAGUUGGUCUUAGAAAUGGACUCUUUACUUGCAAUACAACUCAUUCAAAAUCGACAAGUUUCAGCCGGACCAGCCUCGGCGCUUCUUACGGACAUCUUCAUGUUGAUAGAUUUCUUUAGCAGUUGCCUGGUACAACACACUCUCAGGGAGGGGAAUUUAGCUGCGGAUUUUAUGGCAUCCAUGGGUCACGAAUUAACUUUGGGCACUACACCUUUUCCCACACCUCCGGUGGAUAUUCAUAUGAUCUUACAAAGUGAUCAUAUAGGGACCAUGUUCCUUAGGCGAUAAGCUGAAACUGUAGCUUCUGAUGUACCAAAAAAAAAAAAAAAGAAUAACGUGAGCCAAUAAAAGUGAAAGUGUUGA